AUGCAACCACCACAUCCGCCUCUCCAAUCAUCGUCAUCAUCAUCAUCGCCUCUACGUUUGGUUCUUCUACUUCUCCUUCUGCUCUUCACAGCAACAUCUUUGGCACUCUCCGAUCGAGAGACCACCACUCGAAUUUUAUUACCUUCCCAACGCAAUGCGGCUGCCGUCAUGACCUUCAUGAUGCCAUCUUAUAUUCACAUUCCCACUCCGAAUAUUCUCUCUCGUCAUUUUCCCUAUAAAUUAUUUCUGUAUCGAGAGAAUCAUGAAGGAAUGGAUUUGGAACAAUUGAAACAAUUGAAUGCCGAGAAUUUAAUGAUUAAACCUGCAGAGACCAAGACGAAACUGAAUGGAUUUCCAUUGUUGUUUAUUCCACAAGCUCAACAUGGAUCUUUUGCAGAUGUGAGAUCAUUGGCUGCGACUCUGUAUGAAAUGAAUGGUCACGCCAACUACAGAAAAGAAACCUAUGCUGAAGCUGGUUACAUUCAACAAAUGGUCAACGAAUUGUCAGAUCCACUCUGGUUUGGAAGUAAUCAAACCACUCCUCUGAAUGAACAAGGUAACACCGCCUCUCAAGGAUCUCUUCUUCUCGGUUUCGAUGUGUUUACCAUUGACUUUAAUGAUGGAGAAUGGAGUAAUUUUCAUUCGUCCCUUCAUGCAAGACAAGCCGAAUACAUUAGGAAUAUUGUGGAAUUUAUUUUGAAAGCCAUUUACAAAAAUAGACACAAAAAGAUUUUAAUUGUGUCACACAGUAGUGAACACACAUUUGAGAAUAUUUCACAGGAUUUAUUAGAUACUGCAUUUAUUUUGAAAAUUGGAGAGGGAAGAGUGAAUUGGGAUUUGGGUGCUGCCAAAAACAAUCCAAAAAUGGAAUUGAAAACAUUCUUGCAAAAAUUUGAAAAAGUUUUUUUAUCGACAAGGACAUUACACACAGAGGAACUGAUUGACCAUUCAUCCACGAAAAACAAAACUUCUUCAGAUCUGAAUCAAACCAUCAGUGGUGGAGAUGUUAUCAAUGUGAUGGGAGCUUCUUUUGUUCCACACAUUUUCUCAAAUAUUGACAAAUCAGCCAUGAAAUGGUGCAAACAAGUGCAACAAGUGAUGGCCACAAUUUUAUUGUCUCUCGUCAAUUCUGGAGCAAAUUCUCAAGCUGGAAUUUUAGACCUCUCUCAAGAAGAUAAGGCAAAUAUUUUGUCACAAUACUUCUCACUGAAGGCCAACUCCAUUGAAAAAUCAUUCCUGUUAGAGGAAGUUGCAGCAAAACGUGAAAAAGUGAAUAUGGCCAAAUUGAAUGAAGAUGUUCAUGUAGAGUUAACUUUGAAUACAGUUCGAAAUGUCACCUUAACCAAAAAAGGAGAAACAAAAUUUUUCAAAUUCGACGUCAAGCACAUGCAACACACUGUCAAUCAAUUAUAUAUUUUCACAAAUUUCUAUAGAAGAGAAGUGGAUGUUUUUGUGAGUGAAGAUCUCAGUAUUGGAGGUGAAGCUCAAGGACCUGCUCUAAUGGCCAAACAAAUUGGAAAAUUGAAUCGUCAACAAAUUACACUAUUACCAUACUUGAAUGUUAAUGAGGAUCAUUUAGAAACUUUCAAUACUAAUGAACAUGUUGUGAAAGUCAUGAUCAAAAUUCCAGAAAUGGAUGUCUUAUUUUCCAAAAAGACUCUCUUUGUUCGAGUCACUAAUUUAUAUUCCGUGAAUGACAUGUCUGCUGGAAAAGAAACCAAAUAUCCAGAAAGAUAUAUUGUAGUUGCUUCACAUCCUGGAACCUUAAAAGGAACAUUUAAAAAUUUGAUCAAAGAAAAUUACAUUCUCCAAGAAGGAGUUGGUUUCAUUCCAAACCAUCAAUAUGAAGAAAUUAAGGCCGAUCCUUCACCUCAUGUUCAUUCUUUGGAUUAUUCGAAUUUUGAUUUUUGGAAGAAUGGUGAAAUGAUUCAUUCCAACAAAUCGUACAUUGUCAUUCCAAACCUCUCAAAUUUAUAUUCUUACAAAUUGAGGUAUUUCAAUAAUGAGUGCUCGAAUCGAACGCUCUAUCCCGUUCUCCAGUAUCAUUAUGGAAAUAUGUUUGAAUAUGAAUCUCACUAUUUACCGAUGAGAUAUUGUGGAGAAAAUGUGAUCAAUCUUCAAUUUUUGAAUUUAACAGACAUUGACAAUGCAGAUGAUGAAAAUUUAUAUGGAAUUGCUCUCUACUUUUUAAAUAACAAGAAUGGAACUAGUUUUAAUUUCAAAAUUGAAUUGGAUUAUGAAGAGACUUUUAUUCACAUGAUGAUUCAACAACAUUAUCACACCAUCAUUGCUGACAUUUUUGUCAUUUCAUUGAUGGUGAUGGCUCUGUAUGGUGUGACACAUUCUUUGGUCUAUUCCUUGCUUUUGACUUGGAUUCAGGCUCCUCUAUUCAUUUAUUUACAAUUUAUUUUCACUCCUACACCUGUACUCUAUGUCACAGAUUUUAGCAUUCUUCAUUUAACAGUUUCCUUUUUAUAUGCCAUGAUUGCAGUAGUCUUUUCAUUGAAUGUAAUACGAAUGGUCAUGUUGCUGUUGGGUUUCAUUGGUCAAAUGAUCUUCAUUCCCUUCGGAAAGAUUUUAUGGAGCUGUAUUCCUCUUGCCUUAUUGGCAACAAGUUUCAAAUUGGAUCCUUCUCUUCCAUUUAUUGCUUUCACUUUAUUGAGUUUGUUGUUUGGAAAUUCGACUCGUUCAAGAGGAGAGGAAGGAUACACACAUUUGACUUCAACACUGUUAAAUGUGUUGUGUUCAGUGAUUUUGAUGGGACCAAGUGCCUUUUCCUAUAUUAAGGAAUGGAUGUAUUGGUAUCAAUAUGCUGUGCAUCACUCUGCAACGGAUGAAUUUUCUGCUGUAAUUCAGAAAUUGUUUUCAGUGGCUCCACAUCCUUCAUUGACAGCAAUUUGUUCCGCCUAUUAUCUCAUUCCAUUCUAUUUGAGUGAAAUGUUGCAACUCUUUAUUUCCAUAAUUAGAAAGAGAUCCAUCAUUCGCACCUAUCAGAAAACAAAGACCAAUAAGUCGAAUGCAAGAUCCACCUCUGAUUCUCAUUUGACUGGAAAUUUUGCUUUAUUAUCUCAAACGUCAAGUGUUAACUCAACAACCAUGGAUGGAAUUCAAUUCAGCAACAAAAUUACUUUCAUUUUGACCUUGUUGUUGAUUAGUAUUGCCUAUGGUGUGGCUAUUUUUGCAAGAAUUGAAACCUAUGGUAUCAUUUAUUUAGUGUCAGUAUUUGUUGGAAUUGACAUGUCUCGACAAGUUUUUCAAUGUUAA